GCUUUCUGCCGAAUGGGAUAGGGAUCGACGACGAACCUUCUGCAUCCCUACCUACCUUGCCUACCUUGAUUGUUACACGACAGUGACAACGGUGGUUCUUGUGUCGAUAGGGUUCAUCCGGCUGGCCGGGUAGAAUGCAGGUAGGUAUGGGAUGAGGGGUUAGGAUAUGGAAGUGACGGGUGAGGAGGUCAAGGCAGUUUUAUAUCGUCCGUCCGUCCGUCCCCGCAAUUUCUGUCUCGCUCUUGUCGGGGAUUGUUCUCUGUGAUGCGAUCAAAAGUCAUCCACGGCAGCAUCACCAAGCAUCAUCACGAGCGGAGCAAAAAUGGGACGCCCCUGGUCCCGCAAAGUCACCAUCAGAGAUGACACCAUCACUUCCGCCGCCCACCUCACCCUUCGACAAUCCCUCCUCCCCAACCUGCUCGUCACGACCCUGUUCUUCCUCUGGGGCUUCGCCUACGGCCUCCUCGACGUCCUAAACUCCCACUUCCAGCACCACCUCUCCAUCACGCCCACCCUCUCCGCCCUCCUGUCCACUUCCUACUUCGGAGCCUACUUCCUCCUCCCCCCCACCCUCUCCUCCUUCAUCCUCCGCUCCUACGGCUUCCGCGUCACCUUCAUGACCGGCCUGGCAAUCUUCUCCAUCGGCUGCCUCCUCUUCUGGCCCUCGGGUGCCUACUCCUCCUUUGGCGGCUUCUGCGGCAGCAUGUUCGUUGUCGGGGCUGGGCUCGCCACCUUGGAGACGGCCGCCGAUCCCUUUCUUUCCAUCUGCGGUCCCCCGCGAUACUCGGAGAUACGCCUCAACCUGGCGCAAGCAGUUCAAGGGGUUGGCUCCUUCGUCGCGCCGUUGCUGGCGUCAAGGGUGUUUUUCGGAAAGGGACUCGAAGAGCAGGGGGGGGAGGGGCUGAAGAACGUUCAAUGGGUCUAUCUCGGGGUGGCGGGGUUCGACGUGUUGUUGGUCGCGUUGUUUUGGGUGGUGCCCAUGGUGGAGGUGACGGAUGCGGAUAUGGGGUUGCAGGAGAGUCAGAUUGACGGACCGAGAGAGGUGGGACCUUUCAGGAGACAGUACAACCUCUUCCUUGCCGUCUGGAGCCAGUUCUGUUAUGUCGGGGCGCAGGUCGCUGUUGCGAACUACUUUAUCAACUUUUGCGAGGAAGCCGGUCGGGAUAGGGCUACUUCUUCUGACCUCCUGGCUGUGGGCCAAGGACUGUACGCCUUCAACCGGUUCGUGGCUGGGGGGUUGCUGACUAUUCCUGCGUUCAAGCCGAGGUAUAUGCUUGCUGCUUAUCUCGGACUAUGCUUCGUCUUUGUCACGGCGGCGAUGAACACCGCCGGAGCGACAUCAAUCGCGAUGUUGAUGCUCGUUUUGUGUUUCGAGUCUUGCUGUUUUGCAACCAUAUUCACUCUCGGGCUGAGGGGGUUGGGGAGACACACCAAGAUGGGGGGAUCGUUGCUUGUGGCCGCCAUUUCGGGGGGCAUGGUCUUUCCGCCCAUGAUGGGGGCGGUGGUGAGCGCGAGGGAUGCGCAUACUGCGAUGGCGAUCCCAAUGAUGGGGUAUAUUUUGGCUUUUGUGUAUCCGGUGUACGUCAAUAUCUGGAAGAAGGAUGUGAUGGAUAGCCAUCGUGAGACGACGGUCGGUAUUGAGAAGCCGGCUGUUGGUGAGAAGGCGUUGCAACUAGAGGAGCAACGUUCAAAGACGGAGAAGGAGCAUGCUGAGGAGGGACCGGACAUCCGGGUGGUGUCAAAGUAGAAGACGAUCUGUCCCAAUUGUGCUAUGUGGCUAGAUAACUCCUCCUCUGCUCUUGUACCUCCAGUUUGACCCCGAAACGGCUUUCGUAACCGGCCACUCCACGGCUUGGCCGGUGAGCUUUUUGCUAACCUCUGCGUUAUUUUCCUUC